ACUGAACCUGCGCCUGCCACACUCCUGCCCUCGCCUCCUCAAACGCUCAGUGCAAGACAUUAUAACAUUAGCUACAUGUCUGUGAUAAAUACCUCCUUGUCUGUGACAUUCUGAUAUCACCCACCAGGUGUGAAGACACUAGCCGAGUGCUUUAGAAAGAACUCUUGGAAUUAAAAGUACUGCGAAUCGUUACGAGUCUGUGAUGAGUGUGGUGUAGUCUGGUGCUGGUCUGGUGUAAUGUACGAAAUAUAAGUGAUGGACUAGUCAGGUGUGGCGUAAGAAAAGAGAGAAGCGUGUGGGAAGUUAGUGUGGCUUUGGAAUCGUAUAUUCAUUGGACACUAUGCUCGUUGACCUCAUCAGUGUGCUUGUGUCAUCCUUGACAGCACCUUUCUUGUGUCAAUGUAACUGUGAUGUAGGGUACACUGGCGUCAACUGUGAGAGUCGGUAUGUACCGUGUGAGCCUUCGCCCUGCAACAACGGUGCCACCUGUGAGGCCAGGGAAUCUCUCUCCUACAAGUGUCACUGUCCCAAAGGAUUUACUGGACGGAACUGUGAAAUGAACAUUGACGAUUGUCACAACCACAUGUGUCAGAACGGUGCCACCUGUGAGGACAGGGUGAACACCUACACGUGUGCCUGCCCACCCACCUUCACUGGUCCAUACUGCACUGAGGACGUUGAUGAAUGUGCUCUCAGACCAACUAUAUGCAAGAACGGUGCGACGUGUACCAACACCCAGGGCGGCUUCUCCUGCAUCUGUGUCAACGGAUGGACGGGAGAUGACUGCUCUGAGAACAUCGACGAUUGCACGGGAGCGGCAUGCUUCAAUGGCGCCACCUGCAUAGAUCGAGUGGGCUCCUUCCUGUGUCAGUGUACACCAGGCAAGACUGGUCUGCUGUGUCACUUGGACGACGCCUGUGCCAGCAACCCUUGCCAUCCUGGCUCUAUGUGUGACACGUCACCCAUCGACGGUGGUUACAUCUGCACUUGUCCGCCUGGUUACAAGGGCGUCGACUGUACCCAGGACAUCGACGAGUGUCAAGAGGGCCUUCCUUGCGAGCAUAAUGGUACCUGUGUCAACACACCAGGAUCUUUCAGGUGUGACUGCUCCAAAGGCUUCACUGGUCCUCGUUGUGAGAUCAACAUCAACGAGUGUGAGAGUAACCCAUGUCAUAACCAAGGCACCUGCCUGGACGAACGCGGCGCCUUCCGCUGUGUGUGUAUGCCAGGAUACACUGGGCAGCACUGUGAGGAAGAUGUUGAUGAAUGUGCUUCACACCCAUGCCACAAUAAUGGAAUAUGCAGUGACCUCAUCAAUGAAUAUCGGUGCAGCUGCACACAGGGCUUCACUGGACGACAGUGUCACAUUAACAUUGAUGACUGUGCUUCAGAGCCAUGUCAGCAUGGUGGUAAAUGCCUCGACCGUGUGGCUGGCUACAACUGUCGUUGUAGUCCUGGAUUUACUGGAACCAACUGUGAAACUAACAUAGAUGAUUGCCUCUCAUCUCCUUGCCGCCAUGGCUUGUGCAUUGAUGGUGAUAAUUCCUUCUCUUGUUUGUGUCAUCCAGGUUAUACUGGUUUACUUUGCCAAACAGAGAUUGAUGAAUGCCUGUCAAUGCCAUGUGAACAUGGAGGAACAUGUAAGAAUCUCAUCAAUAGUUACAAAUGCAUAUGCCCUAAUGGCACAGCUGGUGUCAAGUGUGAGUACAACAUCAAUGAAUGCUUCAGUAAUCCUUGUCGCAAUGGUGCCAAGUGCAAAGAUGGCAUUAAUGAAUACAGGUGUGAAUGUGAACCUGGCUACACUGGGAGAUUCUGUGAAACUAAUAUCGAUGACUGCUUAUCUCAUCCCUGUGCUAAUGGAGGUGUUUGUAUAGAUCAAGUGGAUGGGUUUCGCUGCCAAUGCCCGUCUGGUUACUAUGAUGCUCGAUGCCUUUCAAAUGUGAAUGAGUGUGCCAGUGAUCCCUGUCUCAAUGGUGGGUCCUGUUUUGAUGAUGUCAAUAGAUUUAAUUGCAAAUGCCCACCUGGAUAUACUGGCCACCGUUGUGAACAUGAAAUUGACGAAUGUCAGUCCAAUCCUUGUCAGCAUGGAGGCACUUGUCGUGAUGCUCUUAAUGCUUACACUUGCACAUGUCCACCUGGGUACUCUGGUCGGAACUGUGAGUCAAACAUUGAUGAUUGCUUAAGCCGACCUUGUAGGAAUGGCGGCACUUGUAUUGAUCUAGUGAAUUCUUAUAAGUGUGUAUGUGAGCUUCCCCACACAGGGCAAAACUGUGAGGUGAGAAUGGACCCAUGCUCACCUAAUAAGUGUCGGCAUGAUGCUCGCUGUACACCUACAGCAAACUUUCUGGAUUUUACUUGUGAGUGUGAACUUGGGUAUACUGGCCGUCUCUGUGAUGAAGACAUCAAUGAAUGUAAUGUAUCACCCUCACCCUGCAAAAAUAGUGCGACUUGCCAAAAUACAAAUGGAUCAUAUUCUUGUCAGUGUUCUAUUGGAUAUGAAGGCCGUCAGUGCACUAUUAAUACAAAUGACUGUGCAUUACAGCCUUGUCUAAAUGGGGGUACAUGUUUAGAUGGAAUUGGAGAAUACACAUGUUUAUGUGUUGAUGGUUUUGGAGGAACUAACUGCGAACAUGAUCUCAAUGAAUGUGAUUCAAGCCCAUGCCAAAAUGGAGCCACUUGCAAUGACUAUGUGAAUUCUUACACAUGCAGUUGUCCUUUAGGAUUCUCUGGCACUAACUGUGAAAUUAAUGAUGAAGACUGCACUGAAACUUCAUGUAUGAACAAUGGUAGUUGCAUUGAUGGUAUAAACAAUUACACAUGCAAGUGCCCCUCAGGAUUUACUGGUUCUCAUUGUCAACAUCGUAUUAAUGAGUGCCACUCGAAUCCUUGCAAGCAUGGUGGUACUUGCAGUGACCAUGUGGGAUUUUUUACGUGUCACUGUCAUUAUGGUUACACAGGACAGCAAUGUGAACGUUUGGUGGAUUGGUGUUCUGCCUCGCCCUGCUUUAAUAAUGGUAUAUGCAAGCAAACAGAAAAUCGCUACAAGUGUGAAUGCCCUCCUGGGUGGACAGGUUUGUUAUGUGAUGUUGAGAUGGUUUCCUGUGCCACAGCUGCAGCAAGCAAAGGUGUUAUUUCCUCAAAACUUUGCCAUCAUGAUGGGAAAUGUCAUGAUAUUGGUAAUACCCAUCAAUGUGAGUGUGCUGUUGGCUAUACAGGCUCCUACUGCCAACAUGAAAUUAAAGAAUGUGAUUCCCAACCAUGCAUGAAUGGUGCAACUUGUAAUGAUCACAUAGGUACGUAUUCCUGUUCAUGUCGCCCAGGCUUUCAAGGUCUUAACUGUGAAUAUAAUGUUGAUGACUGCAAGCCAAACAACCCCUGUCAGAAUGGAGGUGUGUGUCAUGAUCAAGUGAAUGGAUUCCAGUGCUCCUGUCCACAUGGUACUCUUGGUAAACUCUGUGAGAUCAAUACCUAUGACUGUUAUGAAGGUGCUUGCCAUAAUGGUGGGAAGUGCAUAGAUAAGGUUGGUGGGUUUGAAUGUCACUGCAAACCAGGUUAUGUAGGUGCAAGAUGUGAAGGAGAUGUAAAUGAGUGCUUAUCUUUUCCAUGUAUGAGAGAAGGCACUGCAGAUUGUGUGCAGCUUGUAAAUGAUUAUCGGUGCAACUGUCGUCCAGGAUACAUGGGACGUCAUUGUGAAAGCAAGAGAGACUUUUGUGCUGAAUCACCAUGUCAGAAUGGAGGAUUGUGCAGUAAUACUGAUCGGGACUAUUCUUGUCACUGUCCAGAAGGAUUCACAGGUAAAUCUUGUGAAUUUCCAAGUGAUGACUGUGCUUCAAAAAUCUGUGGUCCAGGUGAAACUUGCAGACCAUAUGCGAAAGGAACUGAAUGUGUUCCAAAACAUCAUCAGACACAUCAGUGUACUCCAAGCUCCUGUAUGCAUAAUGGUAAAUGCCUUGAUAGAAUAACUUAUUAUGAAUGUCAGUGCCCACCACAAUGGAAUGGACAAAGGUGUGAAGUCAAUGACCCUACAUUUAAAGGUGGAAUUGGUCAGAUUCUAGAUAAAGCUGUCAUUACAAAUAUUACCUUUGAACGAGAGAAAUGUGAACUUCAUCGCUGCAGCGAGAAGAAAAAUAAUCUGCGUUGUGACCCUGAGUGUGCAAGCACUGCUUGUGAUUAUGAUGGUUAUGAAUGCUCUCUGGGUCGUAAUCCUUGGGCCUUUUGUCAAGCUGAUAUUGAUUGCUGGCAAGUUUUUGGAGAUGGAGUUUGUAAUACACAGUGUAACAACGCUGGAUGUUUGUUUGAUGGCUUGGAUUGUCGGAAACCUGUUGGCACUUGCAAUCCCAUCUAUGAUGCCUAUUGUGCAACAAACUAUGAAAAUGGCCAUUGUGAUCAAGGUUGCAAUGUUGCAGAGUGUGGGUGGGAUGGGCUCGAUUGUGAAAAUAAGCCACCUUCAAUAAUGUCAGAGGGACUUCAAAUAGUUGUAGAAACUGAUGAAGCUGAUUUUCGAUCUGCCAAGAAGUCUUUUGUAAGAAAAUUAAGUAGCCUCUUAGGAAUACAUCUUGUUAUCAAACGUGACCAAUCAGGUGAAGAGAUGAUCUACCCUUUUAAUGAAAGAGGUAUUCAAGGUCUUUUGGUGUACUUUGAAAUAGAUAAACGGCGAUGUGAAAAGGAAGACCAGUGCUUUGAAAGUGUCACUGAUAUCGCCAAUUUCUUGGCUGCAAAUCAACUUCGAUUAGGUAGUGAUACAGGCAUUCCAAUAUCUGGAAUUUAUGAAAAUGGCCCUCCAAAUCCUCCGCCUGGGUAUACAUAUAUUAUUGUUGGCAUUGUAUUUGCCUUGGUGUUAGUUGGGAUAAUUUUUAUGGUAGUUACAAACAAUCGCAAAAGAUCACGAGGCAUUACCUGGUUUCCAGAAGGCUUCUUUCCUAAAUAUAGCACAAGUUCAAGUGCAAGUGCUGAACCUACACGAAGAAAGCCGGAUGGCCAAGAGAUGCGCAGCUUCAAUAAGGGUGCAUCAGUUCAUCAUCUUGCUGACAUUGGUGACGGUGAUGGGAUGAACCGAGGUAUACCAAUACCAGGGCCUUUAGGUGAUUGGUCUGAUGAUGAUAGUGAACAUCCACCAAUUAAACGUUCUCGGCACGAAGCUGGUUAUUCUGACCAAACUCAGAUUACAGACUACGAUGAUGCUAAUGAUCCUCGAGUUUGGACACAGCAACAUCUUGAUGCUGCAGACAUUAAAAAUCCUGAUUUGUUAGCAUUGACGCCACCCCAAACAGAACCAGAAGAACAGCGUGGUAUUGCUGGAGAAGUGGAUCCUAAAGGGCCCAUGGGUCUUACUCCACUCAUGAUUGCAUCAUUCCGUGGUGGUGGUUUGGAGAGUCACACUGAUGAAGAUGAUAAAGAUGGCUCAGCAGCAGUCAUCCAAGAACUUAUUGAACAGGGAGCCAAGCUCAAUGCCAAGAUGGAUCGCACAGGAGAAACCUCCCUACAUCUUGCAGCCAGAUAUGCUAGAGCAGAUGCUGCAAAAAGACUGUUGGAUGCAAAGGCAGAUGCUAAUGCUCAGGAUGCAACAGGUCGUACUCCUUUACAUGCUGCAGUUGCUGCUGAUGCUCAAGGGGUUUUCCAGAUCUUGCUUCGGAACCGAUCAACAGACUUAAAUGCCAAAACAAAUGAUGGAACCACUCCACUAAUUCUUGCUGCACGUCUGGCUAUCGAAGGAAUGGUUGAGGAUCUCAUAAAUGCUGAUGCUGAUAUAAAUGCUGCUGAUGACUCGGGCAAAACAGCUUUACACUGGGCUGCUUCUGUUAAUAAUGUAGAAGCUGUCCAGAUCCUUCUUACUCAUGGUGCCAACCGUGAUGCACAGAACAACAGAGAUGAAACUGCUUUGUUCCUUGCUGCUAGAGAGGGAAGCUAUGAAGCUUGUAAAGUGCUGUUGGACCACUUUGCCAACAGAGAUGUAACAGAUAAUAUGGAGAGACUUCCUGAAGAUGUUGCUAAUGAACGACUACAUCAUGAUAUUGUUAGGCUUCUGCGUGAACACCACCCUCGUUCCCCACAGAUGGCACAGGUAGUUACUACUACUCAUCUUGUGCCACAUCAACAUAACCAACCUCAAAAUACAUUAAUCUCUCAACAAAUGACUCCACAGCCAGCUCAGAGGACUAAUACUCAGCCCAAAGCUAAAGCUCGACGACCAAAAUCAUCAGUAAUGUCCCUUCCAGGAGGAUCCAUGAAUACUCCAAUAAGCCCUGAUAGUGCCACAUCAAUCAAACGCAGUUCCAGUGUCAAGAAAAAGCGUGAAGCUAAUGGGGUACCCAGUGUGGAGUCACAAACUCAGUCUUCACCUCUUAAUUCCUUAGGAUCUCCUCAUGGAGUAUUUGAAGCUGCCUCCAGUCCCUUUGAGACAGGCUUGUUUACUGGUGGCAUGAGUGGACUAAGUGCACAUUUUGCAGAGGUAGGAGUGGCACAGCCCCCACCUUAUGAUGAGUGUGUGAAGGCUGCAGUAUCAAUGAGUAACCUUGCACAGCUUGGUGAUCAUGAUAAUAACCCAUUCAGUUACUCAAACAUGAUGGGAAGUCAUCAUCAGCACCAACAGGGUCAUGUGAUCCACCAGCGGCAGCAGUCAAUGCCAGCUUCUUUCUCCCCACAGAGUCAGACUAUGUCUCCACCACAUCAUAUGACUCCACCUAAUUCAUCUCCACAACAUGUACAAUCACCACACACAUCUGGCUUGGUAACUUCUCCAGGGAAGAUGCGACCUGCGUUACCCACUUCUCCUACACAUAUGGCUGCAUUAAGGCAUGCAACUGCUACAUCAGGAUUUGAAUUCCCCACUGGAAAUGCUACUGGCUACAGCCUUCAGGGUCAGCAGCAGCAGCAACCACCACAACAGCAUCAAGGAAGUAGUGGGUUUUAUCCACAUUACCCAACCCCACCAUCACAUCACUCAGGAGUUGAGGCAACACCACAACAUAGUGUUGCCCCAACUACACAUGAUGCAUUUCCUACACCAUCCCCAGAGUCUCCAGGCCAGUGGUCCUCUGCAUCACCUCGAAGCCAGAGUGAUUGGUCUGAGGGAGUGAGGUCCCCUCUGGGUCCUCCAGGAAUACCCCCUCUUCAUCAAGUUUUUCCUGGGGGACAGCAGCAACAGCAACAGCAACAGCAGCAGCAGCAACAACAACAACAACAACAGCAACAACAACAACAGCAGCAGCAGCAGCAGCAGCAGCAACAACAACAACAACAGGGACCUCCACAACCUCUUGGACUACCUUCACAGGGUUCUAUCUACAUUUAAAUCCUGAAAUCUAUUUUAUGUCAAUAGUCCUUCUAUGUACAGUGCUGCGUGUACUAUAUCUGCCUGGAAUAAAUUUUACCUGCUCUGUAAAUACUGCGCUGAUAACUAUUUUGCUGUACUUAGUGUUCAAAUGAGUACAAUCAACUAUCUAUGGACCUUCGUUUGUUGGCCUAGUGAAAUACGGCAUGGACCGUUUUGUGUACAGUGUUCACGAGGAACAGUUUGCAAUAUAGUUGUAGUGGUGAAAUAAAAGAGUGUCUUUCAUGGGUCGCUCUGUGAUAGCUGUGCUCACUAGCGGCAUCCUGAGCACAAGAUGUGCAUUUCUAAAUUUGUAUAGCUGCACAACCUGAACAGUUUGCAUUCAUUUGACUUGUUGAUAUUUUUUUUUUUUUGGCAUUAUGAACACUGACAUUAUGAAAUUAAUUAUUAGGGAGCGCGCUCAUGCACAUAACUCAUCACGGUGACUCUUAUCAGUUUAGACAGUGUUCAAUAUCCGUGACCAUGUUAAAUGUGAUACGUUGUUUAGUAUGUGAAUUUUAUAAUCAUGUCUUUUAAUUUUUAUAAGUUAAAUGUAAAAUAGACACUUUGCAACCUGA